GGGAGGGAGGGAGGUAGGGUAGGGAAGAAAAAUAUUUUUCCGAUUGGAAAAGGUGUGAAAGAUGCGAGAGUCUUUCGAACACAUUCCAAGUGACACUUCGUAAUUCGUACGUCUAUCUACUUUCUCUCGUUCCUCGUUCCUCGACGUCGUCAUCGUCAUCGUCGUCAUCGUGGUUGUCGUCGUCGUGCGUGCGUGUCGUGCCGUGCUGUGCCGUGCCGUGCCGUGCUGUACCGUACCGUACCGUACCGUGCCGUGCCGUGUAAUAAAAGUCAAUAAAAAGUCUAUAGAAAAUUGUCGUGAUACUUUAAGCUUUAAAACUUUAGCUCUGUUUCUUGCUUCUCUUCUCUCUGUUUCUUGGUCUUUCUCUUCCUUUUUCUUUGAAAACGUUUACGCGGGAUCUCCCGCAGUUUACUUGAAAGGAUGUCUGGGGACAGCACGUCAGAUGAGGAGGGCUCUCAAGAGGACCCACCCCGAUACGAUGUCGACGACAUGGAAAUCGUCAAAACGAUCGGUACGGGAACAUUUGGGAGAGUAGUAUUAUGCAGACAUCGUGGAAAACCUCUCGCUUUGAAGAUACUCUCUAUGGUCGACGUGAUCAGGCUGAAACAAGUCGAACACGUUCGCAACGAGAUCACGGUACUAAAGGAGGUCAAUCACCCCUUCAUAGUCAACAUGCUUUGGAGCGGUAGAGACGAAGCCAGACUCUACAUGCUAUUCGAAUUCGUAGCCGGUGGCGAACUCUUUUCUUAUUUAAGAGCAGCCGGAAGAUUUUCUGGACCAACCAGUUGCUUUUACGCGGCUGAAAUCGUCUGCGCAUUGGAAUACCUUCACAGCAAGCACAUCAUUUAUAGAGACUUAAAACCAGAAAAUCUACUUCUCGAUAGUCAAGGACACCUGAAAAUUACCGACUUUGGUUUUUCGAAGAAAUUAACUGAUAGAACUUGGACUCUUUGCGGUACACCGGAAUAUUUGGCGCCAGAGAUCAUUCAGAAUAAAGGUCAUAAUAAAGCCGUUGAUUGGUGGGCCCUUGGUGUACUGAUUUACGAAAUGUUAGCUGGAUUCCCACCGUUUUUCGAUGAUAAUCCAUUUGGAAUAUAUGAGAAAAUACUCAGCGGUAGGAUAGAAUGGCCUAAACACAUGGAUCCCAUUGCUAAAGAUCUCAUCAAGAAAUUACUCAUCGCAGACAGAACGAAAAGAUUAGGAAAUAUGAGACAAGGAGCUGAAGAUGUUAAGAGGCAUCGUUGGUUCAAGCUAGUAGAAUGGCCCUUGGUACCUCAAAGAGCUUUGACACCACCGAUAAGGCCAAGAGUGAAAGCACCUGGUGAUCCUAGUUGUUUCGAUGAUUAUCCUGAAACCGAUUGGCGUUCACAACCACCUUUACCACCUGACCAACUGGCACUCUUCCAAGACUUUUAGCCAAAUUCUAAGGAGAUACUAAAGUAUCUCCUACAGAUCGGUGAUACGUUUCUAUCAUUUUUACAAGUUCAAUUCAUAAGUUGUUAGAAUAUAUAUAUAUAUAUUUAUCGUUGAAAUCUCGUUCUGUAAAAAUUAUUUUCUAAGAAUAAUUUCCACAAGAAGCGGACGAUUUCUUAUAUUGUAAAUAGGCAUAUUUUUAUAUCUGAACGCAACCAUUAAUUUAUUUGUACGUUCUGUUUAAGCUUAGUUGAUGUUUUAAAGCAAAUUUUUAUCAACAGUUGUAAAUAAAAGAUCGGUUGUAUUAAACGACGAUCACAACCUGACUCAUAGAUAUUAUCUUUUUAUAUGAUUCAUAAAUUAAUGCUCUACUAGUUCAUUAGAAUAAGAUACGUUUAACGUAGCUAAUUAUUAUCUUAAUGUUAUAAAUCAUAAAUAUUUUAAAUAUUAAUGCGCGCAAUAGCGAUCUGAAA